UCAAGAUUAACGCUGCAAACUAAGAAAAGAUGAAACGGAUCGUUCAACUAGAAAACUUUCUACUGCAUACAGAUAUUGAUAAUCCUGCAAGUGAAGAAGGGAUCCAGGUAUCAUUGUGCAAGACGAUGUAAGAAGACAAGAUCAAAGUUCAGAGGUAUCGAUUUCCUUCUCAAUCGAGAAGCAGCAAAGAAGAAGCCCGAAACCGUGCCUCUCCAGCCGGCUCGAGAUUUCUUCCGCCGGUUCAUGAUCAUUAAACUAAGGAAGUCUUCCCCAAUCGGCACGUGUCGGAAUUGACUAUGAGGUGCUGGAUAGCACAUGCCAGCUGUAGGUACACCGGAAGCGAGACUCAUCCCCUACUUGUGGCCGCGUGGCCGCUUGGUCGAUGGAAGGAAAUGGCAUCCAUGGCGGUGAUGCUGGCGAACGCGGUCCGAGUUCCUUGCGCGAACCCCAAGCCAUCAUCUUUUUCUCCGUCGUACGGAGGGGGCGACAGGGGAUCGCCGUCGGUGGUGGAGUGCUCCUCGCGGCCGCAGAAAAAAGCGACGUCGCACCACAUGAAAACGAGGCCGAAGAAGACGCAGCCCUGGGACAUCAAGCGCAAGGGGCCCACCGCAUACCCUCCUCUCCCUGUUCUACCCCCCGACUGGACCCUCGUCUCGUCGGUGGAGCCGCCUCCGCCGCCGGUUGAAGGUGAUGCUCCGGCCACCGCUUCCGGAUGAGUCGCAUCGGCCGCCCGGUAACGCCCUCGUCUGUCGGUUUGGUCACUAUAUGCGUCGUGUUUCCUUCGUGGUCGUGGUUGCCUCUCAGGUGUUCGAUGUUUUGUCUAGCUCGAAUUGUUUACUGUCCUGCAAAUUUAGGUCAUGUUAUUUGAUAAUAUGAAUGACACUGGAAUUAUUCCACUUGCACAAUGCUACUUUCUGAAAUUGAUCGAAGCUUCAAAAUUAUACA